AUGAAAUACCUCCCAGUGACGGUACGAGGCUUACCCUCUGGAACCACAGCACGUCAGGUGGAGGACAACUUCAAUGGCCAUCUCAAUAUCGAAAGCCCAUGCCUCGUGGGCCCUAUCGUUGAAGAGCUACAAGGCGGCAGCUGUUCCACUACUGUCAUAUUCCAAAAGGAAAAGAAAGGGCGAAAACGAAGCUGUGAAGACAUCAAAGAUUCCUUCCACCUGAGCAGAUUCGAAUCCGGAUCGACUCAGGCUACAAUCUCAAUUUCUGACGAUUUUCUUGGACUUAAUGCACUUGCUGGUCGGAGAGAUGCUCCUAUUCACUUAGGGGGCAUUGUUGCGUUGAACAUGGCUCUACUUGGAGCGGUGGAAGGCAGCAGCAGACGAGAAUACCACGAUUUAUUCGUCCACAACGACCGAUGUUUAGUGAAAGGCGUUGUUUUAUUGGGCACUCCCUUACGUGGAAGUGGUCAGGCAAAUCUCAUGGCUCCUAUCGUCAAGACGGUGAAAGGCCUGAACAGGCUCUAUGGUACUAAUGAGAACUUUGUCAGAGCCUUACGAGAGGACUCUGGGGCAUUGGACAUACCACAAAUUGUCACCCGCUUCAAAUCAGUGGUCAAGACUAACGGUGUAGCUUUGCGCAUUGUUUGUGAGGAGAGACCAGUUGUUGGCUCCUCGCUGACCACUUCUUACGACUCUGCUCUUGCUAUUUUAGGAGACAUCGUCACCCCAUUUCGCAUUCAAGGCCGGGAUCAUAUCUCGAUGGUAAAGUUUCAAGACGAGAAUGAUACGGAAUAUAAGAAAUUGGAGAACCUUAUCAUAAAGAUGAUAAGACCUCUCGUUCCUACAAGACCUGGAGGAGAGGAUCAUCACUUCUCGUCGACUGAUCGAUCAACUGGUGCUUCCAGCGAUCAACCACCUUGGCAACAGGGCAGUAAUUCGUUUACGCCCUGGCGGCAAGAACCAAAUCCGAUAAACUUCAAUGUCUAUUUGGCAGCUCAAUCAAACGCGUUUGCGUCCCCAUCGAGGCAGCAGACAUACCCGACACAGAGCCGCCCGCCACCAAGUCCAGCAGUCCAGACAGUAUCGGACCCAACAAUGGACGGCUCCUCAAUUCCUGCGGGCACAAAUCAAGAUUCUCUUAUAUCUCGAGCGCAAACGGACCCUCAUCCGGAUACUACUGCGGACGAAAACCCUUUCAACCGCUUGGAUCUUUUUGACACCGCGUUCAUAAUUGAUGAUACUGGAUCUAUGGUCAAAGAAGCUCGAAACGACGAACCCAACGGUUUAAACAGGUGGGCAGUAACGGUUCAAGCCCUCGAUCAUAUUGCAGAGAUUGCUGCUCAGCAUGACCCUGAUGGUAUUGAUAUACGAUUUUUAAAGUCCGCACAUCUCGCAGACGACAAUAUUCGCAGCGGCAAGGCCGUCAAGAAAAAGCUUGAUCAAAUCGAUCUCUGGGAUGGCAAGCAUGGCGGGGGAACAUACUUCCAGGAGCGUUUGGAAGAAUUGAUUGACCCGCGGGUCUGGGAAUACCAGUGGUUCAAAGAAGAUUUGGCCAAGUAUCCAGGUGAACUUCGACAGGCAACGCAAAAGCGUUUGCCAAGGUCACAAUGGCCGAAGAAACCAACACAACCAAGUAGAUACAACGUCAUAGUAGUAACCGACGGCGCUGCUGAUGACAGACAAGAGGUUGAAGAAUACAUAAUCAGUGUUGCGACAAGACUCGACGAGUUGCGUGCCCCGAAAAGGCAGAUCGGCAUACAAUUCGUGCAAGUCGGUGAAGAUGAAUCAGCAAAGGUCUGGCUUAAACGUUUGGACGACGACUUGAGUAACAUGGUGCCACCUAUUCGAGACAUUGUUGACACAACACCCUUUGACAGCCAUCUCAUUCAAGAGAAUGCUUCAUUUGCAGAAGCUUUGGAACAGGUGAUAGUCAGCAAUGUCCUUCAAAAAGCACUACUUGGAGCCGUUACAGAAGAAGAGGACAAUAGAGUAAUCGAGGCUGGCAUGUCGGAGCUAGGGGUUUGA